AUGGAUGUCUGCACCUUAACAGAAACAAAGAAAAAGGGUCAAGGAAACGAAAUAGUAGGAGAUCAUAUUCACUUCUACAUUGGAGUGGAAAAACAUGCUAGAGCUAAAAGAGGAGUAUCUAUCGUAGUACACAAAAAACUCAAGAAAAAUAUUAAGGCAUGGGAAGAACAAAUACUAAAGUUAGAAUUACAAAUAUAUGGACAUUACAUUAUCUGCCUCGCAGUAUAUGCCCCUAGUGAAGACGCUGGCACCCAAAAUAAAGAUGAAUUUUAUGGAAAAUUUAACGAUACAUUAAUGAGCAUCAAGGAAGAUAAUGAAACAGUUAUUAUGGGAGAUCUAAAUGCACGUACAGGCAGCAAGCAGGCAGAUAUGGUGAACAAGAAAAAGCAGAACAACCCAGAAUGGUGGGCAAAACAAGCGGAGGAUGUAAUUAAAGAGAAGAAGAAGGCAUAUCACCACUGGCUAAAUACUAAAAGGGAUAAAGAUAGAGAAAUAUAUGCAGAACUAAAUAAAGUAGCAAAAAGACUAGUUGAAAGAAGUAAAAAUGAACGCUGGGAGAAGACAUUCGAAGAAGUACGGCGCAGAAUGCUGGCGAAUGACGAAGAACGACAAGAAAGUUAUCGACACAGUAGAAAUGGAUUUCUUGCCAAGUGUCAAGUGUCGAGAGUAGCACACGUCAGGAGUGAAGAAAUACGAAGAAGAACAGGGAGAAAACAUACCAGCACUGACCGAAUAGAAACUAUGCUUGCCAGGAAAUUCUCUUUGCACAGCCGUACACAUCCUAUUUCGGCAUAA